GUCUCCAAGCAACCAGCUCAGCGGCAACGACAGGUGCAUUCACACAAGAGACAAAGUGGAUUUUAACGCACUUUAGUUGUGUCCCUAUAAUAUUUUGUUGCAAGGACGCAUGAAUUGUGUUGUACGGAUGAGUGGGAACGUCGGGAAGUAAUUUGUGGAUUUUUUAGGGGGAGAACAAUGAGUUCUUGUGGCGCGCGGACAGAACUCCGAGCUGGUCCUUUGUAUUUCUUUGACCAGCCAACCAGACGAAACAGGGUUGAAGGUACACAGAGCAACUUUUACCUUUUUGAUUUGGGACCUGGAGGAGGAACGCAUGAGGACACGCACAGUAACUGGGAGGAUGACAGUGCGGUGGUGACAGGUGAACCACGUGAUGAGGGUAAACCUGAACCUGACACCUCAACUUCACCUGCUGCACUGGACAGAAAGAACCAGGAGCCAAUAGACGUAUACAAGCGAGCCGCCCCUCUGUUACUGAAUGACCUGGCUCUCCUGCUUUCCCAGUACAACUGGGCCGAGGAGGGCCGCGUCCCACACGGGGUGGCAAAUAUUCUCUGUCACUCCUGGCAGGAUCUGACCUCAGGGGCGGCGCUACUGAGCAGUCCCGAGCAGACUGACAAAAGAAGAGGGUCCAAAGGCUCCCUGAAGUUGGGAGGAAGUCCCCAUCACGUGAGCGACGAUGGCAGGAGGCAGACAGAGGAGGGAAGUGCAGGUCCCUCUGAGAGUAAACCACAAGUUGGCGCUAAUCCACGUGUUAAAAAGAAGUCCAGAGCUUGUAGCUCCUCAUCCAUCCGUUUCUCCAUCUCAUCCAGCAGCUGUAAAGAUCCAGGUUGGAUCGUUCAGCCGAAGCAGCCCUCCCACGUCGAGCCUCAGCAGAUCAGAUUGUAUCAGUGGGCGGUGGAGCGACUUCGGGUGGCAAGAAAUCCUGAACAGCAAACACCGAAGCUGAGCAGUCCACUCAGGCUGUGUCACUAUGGAGAAGCCAAAGCAAAAGUGAAGAGCAGCAGAGCCAGGAGGAAGAGCGGGUCGACCGUCUUAGUCAACGGGAUACCACGGAUCCCAGAAGUGAAGCAGCUGGAUCCAGCACAGAAGAAACUACACUACAGGAUUGAGGACGGCUCCUCGUUCAUAUACUACCCGUCUGGUUGCACAGCAGUUUGCCAGAGCCACUCAGCUCUGCCCUGUGGAGGCUUCUAUACCAACGUGUUCAGUGACAGCGACUGUCCCGUCAUCCUGGCCACCAUCACUGCAUUUGGGCACGGGGCUGUCACACACCCUCACAACUCCUCUUUAGUAGCAGUGUGGGACCAGGAGGGUGGAUUUAUGAAUGACCACUACGGGAGGAAAAGUCAGGAGUGGAGCUGGCAGACACACAGUGCACUUAAGAAGAAGGUCGUUAUACAGUUGUCAGAUCUGAUCAGUGUGAAGCUCCUCAAUGGUACGUCGGCAACUCUCAGCUUCAGGUGCAAUGAUGAGAGUGUUCAACUUCCUCUUCCUGUCCUCUCUCACAUCAACCGACCGAAGGAAAUGCUCUGCUUGCAGACCGAUGGAAAGUUUACCUCUAAUUUUGCUCAAGAUCUGCUGCUGGCGAGGAAGACAAAACCCCCUGUUGUGGUCCUGGAGAACAAGAGGAUCCUGACUCCUGUGUCGGUGGGCACCCAGGAGAUGCUCCAGAUGGUCAGAGAGGUGGAGGGGCUGGAGGAGCCGUCAGCCCGGUGGAGGAGAGCAGGCCCUGGCGGCAGGGAACUGAAGAGGCUGCAGCAGAGAGUUCGAACCACCCUGGACGACUGGUUGGAUUAUUAUCGUGCAGCUGUCGGUAUCAGGUGUCCUGACACGGAGCAGAUGCCUGAUGCCCUGCUGAGGGCCCGGCGGAGGAGAGAGGUGCAGUCGGCGGCGCUGCCCUCUCUGAACCCACCCGAGCGGGCGGAGGCAAAAUCGGUCUGGCCCGAGGAGAGCGGCGACAAGCCACAGGAGCCGCACAGACACCUAUCAGUGAUUAUUUCAAAGAGCCCAGAGCAGCAGCCCGCCGACGCACCCCGCCGUCCAGCCCCGCCGCCACUCACCCCCCCCUCCGUCCUCCUCUCAGCGUGCCCCGCGCUGCUGAGAGCUGCCCUGCUGGGGGAGGGGGUGCGGAGGAGGUGCUGCUGCAGUGUCACACUGAUGCCUGCGGUGACGGACCUGGAGUACGACGCCUUCGUGAUGGGCCAGCCUCCGCACAAUCAACAGAUCCUGGUGGUGUGUGUGACUCUGCCUCAGGAGCACGAGGACGCACUGGAGCAGCUCUACAGGAGGAGGAACAGGCACAGAUCCAUGCCAUGCACUCAGUGCCAGAUGGAUUCAUUUCGCCUGGUGAGGUAUGAGAUGUCAACAGGGGGGACGCCCGGCUGGGGAUGUGCCAACAUGCUGCUGCAGCAGCGACACAACGCUGCCCCUGGGAUGAUCCUGGUCAGUAAACCUGCUGCAGGCCCGGCCUGA